CCACACAAAGCACACAAAAUCUUUGCUUCUAAACCAUAGUAACCCACAAGAGUAAUUCUAGUGCACUUUUUUUUUUUCUCUCUGAAUCAAUAUGAUUCGCCUAUCAAGAUCAUCUAUUCACAUUGGAAAUGGAGAUAUUAUUGACCAUAACCCUUUAACCAUGUCUGAUGAACACAUUUUGGAAGAGAUUUAUUCAACUCAUGUCCAUAGUGACACUAAGUUUGAUGCUGAAUAUCUUUUCAACAUUGCUGGCAACAUCCUUACACGUUCAACCCAUGUUGUUGAUAACUUUGUGCAAGGACAUGAACAACAAACAAGUCUGGAGCAGUUAGAUAACAUUAACCCCCCUGCCAGCUUCACUUCACCGUUGUGUACUUUGAAGAAAAUCAAUUCUGAGAUGGCAUGCAAGGCCCCAGGUGAGGAAAUUGCAUACAGAACAACACUAGCAAUCCUGAACAAGCUGUCAAACUACUCAUGGGUUGCAAAAGGAGUUCUCACUCUUUCUGCUUUUGCUCUUGAGUAUGGAGAGUUUUGGCUGCUAUCACAGUAUCUACCAACAGAACCACUUGCCAAAUCAUUAGCCAUUAUGAAGAGAGUACCUCAACUCACCAAACCUGAAUUGCUCAAAAAACACCGCUAUGCAGUUUUGGAGGUUAACAAUCUGAUCAAGGCAACAUCGCAACUGAUUGAUAUCAUCAUUGCGUUGGAAAGACUCAACUCGCGUCAUGAUAUCAAGGAAGUGCCAGCUCUUGCUCCAGCUUUGGAGCAAUUCCCAGUUGAUGUCUAUUGGGUUAUCAUCACCAUUGUUGCAAUUGUUACUCAGAUUGAAUGCCUUACAACUGAUUCGGAAGAGAGGCAGGACUUAUCUCAAUUUGGCCAAAAAAUCAACAUCAUAAUCAGCAAACUGAGGAAGCAUGUGUCACAAAUCACUAUACAGAUUGAUGAAGCUGAGUAUAACAAGUUACUCAAAAAACUCUUUCAAACUCCAACGGAAAUUAUGGAAGUGUUUAAGGUGCUGAUUUUCUGGAAAGAUACUCCACAAACACCCAUCUAUUGUGGUUCCACUAAAACCCUGGUUAAUAUUGAUGUGUUGAAAAAGAAGGACGUUUUCUUGUUCAUUUCAACCUUGGACAUCUGCCAAGAAGACAUCUCAACUAUGAUUCGAAUUUAUGAUCAUAUCCAGAAAACAGGAAGCCAACACCAGAUUGUGUGGAUUCCUAUUGUGGAGGAAUGGAAUGAUAGGGGGAGGAAGAAGUUUGAUUCCUUGAAGUCUAAGAUGCCAUGGUAUGUGUUACAUCACUUUGCAACCAUAAAAGGCAUCAGGUUCAUAAAGGAGGAGUUGCAUUUCAAGCUGAAUCCUUUGGUUGUUGUGUUGAGUACACAAGGAAAGAUUCUGCAUCAGAAUGCAUUUCAUAUGAUUCAUGUUUGGGGAGUAAAGGGAUUCCCUUUCACCAAAACCAAAGAAGAAUCAAUGACCCAAGAACUAAUGUGGGUUGAUUCCGUGCUGGUUGGCAUUGAUAUAAAGAUUAAGUGGAGGGAGGAUGACAUUGUCAUCAUUUGUGGAGGUAAAGAUAAGGAAUGGAUUCAACAAUUCACAAAGUAUUUUGGUGCCCUGGUAAAUGAUGCCACUAUUAAGCAGACAAACACUUCCAUUGAGUUGAUUUGCUUGGAGUCUCAACAACAAAAUGUGGUUAACACCUUUUGGAAAAAGGUAGAGAGUUUGUUUGUGACCAAGAUGCAUGAGAAAACAAACUCUGUUACACAACAGGUUGAGAAAUUGCUUUCUUACAAAAAUGAGUCAGGGUGGGCAAUUGUAACCAAAGGUUCUAUUGUGAUUGCUGUUGGUCAUGGGACUACAGUUUUGAAGACAUUUGCAGAGUUUGGCACAUGGAAAGGUGAUGUGAGCACCAAGGGCUUUGAAUACUCAUUUAGAGAGUAUCAUAACACGAUUGCUAGUUCUGUUCAUAUUUGCUCUCACCUUGAGAUUCCUAAUGUUGAUGGAAAAAUCCCAGACUUUAUUAAGUGUCCAGAUUGUCACCGCACAAUGGAAGUGUAUAUCAGCUACAAGUGCUGCCAUAAUGGUUAGCAUUAGGUAGCUUCAUGGGUUUGAGCAUUGGCGAGCUAUGUACUUUGUUCGAUUAUUGCAUUUUCUCUUAUGGUUUCUUUGUGGUCAGUUGUUUGAGUGUGAGAUUACUAUCAGUUUUAUGUAACCCUUGUGUGAUGUAGCCAAGAGUCAUGCAUUAUCGUUGAUCAUAGUAAGAUCACGAAUGCAACUAGAAGAAGGCUGUUUGUUAACUUUGUUAUGUUUUAUGAAUUAAGUGUUAUUUAAGUCA